GUCAUGCCCUAAACCCUAACUCCCAAAAUACUGACAUAAUAAUACUAACAUAAUAAUAAUAACUCGCUCCAAAAUCUUCAUCGUUUCUUCAUAUUUCCGGAAGAAAAAUUACCAACGUGCUUUUCUCUGAAUUGGCCAGCUGCGAUAAACAUCAGAAUGGCUCUCAAUUCCAAAUUCGUGCAGCAGUACGUGGUUUCGGAAUUUGAUUAAGGGUAUGAUUUGCUGCUGGGUUCCAUUGCUGCCUUUUAUUUAUUCAUGGCCCCUUACACCAAGGUUGAAGAAAGCUUCAAUGUUCAGGCAAUGCAUGACAUUUUGUACCAUGGGCUUCAUAUAGAGAAGUAUGACCACUUGGAGUUUCCUGGUGUAGUGCCUCGUACAUUUAUUGGUGCCCUACUCGUGUCAAUUUUAGCUUCUCCGUUUGUACUGGUUGCUAGUUUACUACAGCUGCCAAAGUUAAUCAGUCUUUAUGCAGUUCGUUUCGUGUUAGGUGGCAUCAUCUUGUCCACACUGCGGUUCUUUCGUAUCCAGAUUAGGAAGAGUUUUGGAUCUCAAGUCGAAGCCUUCUUUGUAUUAUUGACUGCACUUCAAUUUCAUUUGCUGUUCUACUGCACCCGGCCCCUACCUAACAUACUGGCUUUUGGUCUAGUUAACUUGGCGUAUGGAUGUUGGUUUAAGAAGAGCUAUUAUGCAGCACUUAAUUAUUUGGUUUUUGCUACCCUCAUGUUCAGAUGUGACAUUUUAUUACUGGCUGCACCACUGGGCCUGGAGCUAUUGCUGACAAGAUCAGUUUCAUUGCCAAAAGCUAUAUUAUCCUGUACGGCAGCUGCUAUGUUUUGUAUAGGUCUAACUGUAAUAGUUGAUUCAUUCCUGUGGAGGAAGUUAUUGUGGCCUGAGUUUGAAGUUUUUUGGUUCAAUUCUGUGUUGAAUCGAAGUUCUGAAUGGGGUACACAUUCUUUCCACUGGUACUUCACAUCAGCUCUUCCACGUUCUUUGCUGGCAGCAUAUCCACUUUUUGUGUUGGGUGCUUUAUUUGACAGAAGAGCCUUGUUUUAUGUUGUUCCUGCUCUGUCAUUUGUUUUAAUUUAUUCAAAGCUCCCCCAUAAGGAACUCCGGUUCAUUAUUAGUUCUUUUCCAAUUUUCAACUUUUCAGCAGCAGUGGCAGCAACCAGAAUCUACAACAAUAGGAGGAAGAGUGUUUGGAAAUUUCUUUAUGUUGGCAUGCUGGCAUUGUUCUUGAUCAGUCUAGGGUGCACACUCAUGAUAUUUAUGGCAUCAUAUGAGAACUAUCCAAGUGGCCAUGCCCUCGAAGCAUUGCAUAAGAUGGCAGGUCAAUUAGAAAACAAUUCAAAGGAAGUAUGGGUUCAUAUUGACACUUUCUCAGCAAUUAAUGGAGUGUCCCGCUUCUGUGAAAAUCCUGAACCAUGGCGGUACUCAAAAGAAGAAGAUAUUCCUCUGGAGGAAUUUCAGCAAAGAAAUUUUACAUACCUUUUAAGCGAACAUGCUUUAAUAAGUGGUUAUAGGUGUCUGUUUAGCAUAAAAGGGUUUUCUGGGGCUCGUCUUCAUGUUGGAUUUCCUCCCAUAUCACUUGUCAAACAUCCCAAGGUAUAUGUCCAUGGAAAUUCCAAAAGUAAGGAUAUAAUGCAUAGAAGCUGGCCGGGGUGCUAAUCUACAGUGAGUGAGGUUUUAAUUCAGACAUGGCUACCUCUGCCACAUCUUGCGCCAGCUUCGAUUCGCAGCCAUCCCUCUCAAUCGACACAGAGCUGAAUAUUCCAAGCCGAAAUAAGUUUUGUACCUUCUUCCUUUCAAGUCCCUUAACUGUAUUUUCCGAGUCCUCACAAAAGUCUCCUGCUGUUAGAGUCAUCGUGUACCUGGAAAAAUUCGGUUUAUACUAUGCAAUGUUCAUCUGGAUUGCACAAUUUAUGACACUUUUGCAGAAACACAAACUGUCGUUGAUUUCUUUCUUUGCUUCAUCACAUGUCAUUUUACUUUAUGUCGGAUUGCUUCGCAUUCUCCCCGAUCUCAUAGCUUUCUACAAGCAAAUAGGGACAUGGCCCCGGGUGCUUCUCGUCAUUAUGGCCUGGUUUCUUGUAGGUUCAGUGACGCUUCUUGGGCUCGUUCUGACAAAAGGUGAGACGAUUCUUUUUGUUGCUCUGGCUGCAUUGAUGCCGGUUUUACGACUUCUUGCAGAGUUGAGUAAAGGAGAGGAUGAGAUUGUGGAUGAGAGGUUUGGGUUAGUUGUGGCUUCUUUUGGUGAAAGUUCGCUGUGAUUUUGGUGUGCUUCU